AUGGCUGGUGAAAAGAGCAGCACCGCCCCCGCGGUGACACAAACGACUAUCGACACUAGACAACCAGCAUCAGCAGCAGCACAGGAUGAAAGGGCACCGUCAACACCAGCAUCCGAGGAUGCCACGCAUCUCGAUGAGAAGGAGGCUGAUCGUCUGGGCCGGCAGAGACCCGCCAUGUUCUCCAGCACGCUGAUCGAAGUUGGCUUCUGCGCCACGAUUCUCCUCAGCAUGAUUAUGGCAGAAUUUCUAAUCAGUGGCUUCAACGUCCUCCUCCCAAACAUGAUGGUAGAUCUCAACUUCCAACCCUCCCAAAAGACGUGGCCCUCUAGCGUAUUCUCCCUCGUCGCGGGCGCCUUCCUCCUCCCCUUUGGCCGACUGGCCGACCACUGGAACGGCUACUAUGUCUUUGUCGGAGGCAACGCCUGGAUGGCCGUCUGGUCCAUCGUCGCCGGCUUCUCCAAGUCGUACGAGAUGCUCGUGGUAGCCCGUGCGCUGCAGGGCCUGGGCGCCGCCGCCUUCCUCCCCUCGGGCGUCUCGCUGCUCGGGGGCGCCUACGCCCGGCCCGGCAGGAGAAAGAACCUCGUCUUUAGCAUCUACGGCGGCUGCUCCCCCUUUGGGUUCUUCGUGGGCAUCCUCAUAGCCGGCGUGGCGGGCCAGUUCCUCAACUGGGCCUGGUUCUUUUGGAUCGGCGCCAUCAUGCUGUCCAUCGUCUGCGUCCUCGCCGUCGUGAGCGUCCCCGCCGAGGCCAGGGGAGGUCCCGCCCCCGGUGACGAGCCGGCGCCCCCCAUGGACUGGCUGGGUUGCGCCACCUCCAUCCCCGGGCUCAUGCUGGUCGUCUACGCCAUCACCGACAGCCCCCACGUGCAAAACGGCUGGCGUUCGCCGCAGAUCCUCGUCACUUUUAUCCUCGGCAUCUUGUUCCUGGCCGCCUUUGUCUACGUCGAGGGCUGGGUCGCCAAGGACCCGCUGCUGCCGCCCAACCUGUUUGCCGUCAAGCACAUCACGGCUCUGUUUAUCGUCAUGUUUAUGUCGUUUGGUGCUUUUGGCAUCUACCUGCUUUAUGCGAGCUUUUACAUCGAAACCAUCCUGCACACACCACCCCUGCUGGCCGCAGCCUGGUUCGCCCCGCUCGCCGGCGGCGGUCUGAUAAUCGCGCUGGUCGGCGGCGCAGUGCUGCACAAGAUCCCCGGCACGAUCCUGAUCAUCCUCUCGACGCUGGGCUUCCUCGCCUCGUCGCUGCUCUUCGUCUUCAUCCCGACCAGCGGCGCCAACUACUGGGCCUGGAUCUUCCCCGCCAUGGUGUGCGCCACCAUCGGCAUCGACAUCAUGUACAACGUCUCCAACAUCUUCAUCACCACCAGCGUCCGCUCCGACCAGCAGGGCCUCGCCGGCGCCUGCAUCAACGCCCUCGUCUUCCUCGGCAUGAGCUUCUUCCUCGGCUGGGCCGAACUGGCCGCCGCGAACCACGCCGACACCACCUCCGAGGACAGCGCCCUCAGGGUCUCGUUCCUGCUGGGCGUCGGCGCCGCCGGGGCCAGUCUGGUCCUCGCUGCCAUUGGCAUCCGCAUCGAGCCGGCGAGGGGGGACUUGACGGCCGAUGAGAAGGAGAAGCUCAAGGGGCAGAAAGAUGGUGGUGUCAGUGGUUCCGAGUCGGUGGUCAUUUGA